UUACCUACUUGCAGCUGGCAACCGAUCAUUGAUUUCAUUAACGAGAAAUAUGAUCAGUACUUUAAAGACGAGUCUGGAAUUAAUAGGAGGAACAUUGAAGACCAUCGGGUUCACUGCUGCCUUUACUUUAUCAGUCCUUCUGGCCAUGGACUGAAGCCGCUAGACAUUGCAUUUAUGAAAGAGCUCCAUAAUUUGGUGAACAUAAUUCCUGUCAUUGCCAAAUCAGACACUCUAACCCAAACUGAAGUCAGGACACUCAAAACAAGGAUUUUACAAGAAAUCUCUGACAACGGGAUCAGGAUAUAUAACGGAGAAAUAGACGAAGAAGACGACUCGCCCGAAAUAAGAGAACUUAGGGAUGCUAUCCCAAUGGCUGUGGUAGGGAGCACCACUUUACUGGAGGUUGGGAAUAAGAGAGUCCGCGGGCGUUUGUAUCCGUGGGGCGUGGUUGAAAGUAAGAUUAAUUAUUAUUGGGCGAAGCCCACUAGUUCGAGUAGAGUAUGUCUGUCUGUACACGUACGUCACCCCUAUUUAUCCGUAUGAAAAAUUUUCCUAUUUUAAUAACCUAAUCUUAAUCUUCUUUGAAAA